AUGAAAGAGUGGCUUUAUUGGUUUGACCAACGUAUGACUGGGCGAAAAAUUGUCCUUUUGAUGGAUAAUUUCUCUGCUCAUGAAGCUGCAGCAGAUCUGAUAAAACACUCUCAGAUUCCGCUACAGAAUACCUUGAUAAUAUGGCUUCCACCAAAUACGACGAGUAAAUACCAACCUUUAGAUCAAGGUAUUAUUAAUACUUGGAAGGUCUAUUGGCGCAGAGAAUGGGUCCGCUAUAUGCUUUGGGAAUAUGAAGCUAGAAGGGAUCCUUUAGCAACAGUGGAUAUCUUAAAAGCGAUACGCUGGGCUAUCAAGGCAUGGGAAUUUGAUAUUAAUGCCUUGGUAAUCACCAAUUGCUUUCGCAAAGGUCUAUAUGAUUCAAAGGACCAAGUGGAUACUCCUCUGGUACACCAAGAUAUAUCGAGGGAUAUCGAACGCCUUCCAAUCCGUGAUGUGAUGGAUAUUAGCCAAUUCUUGAACCCAGUGGAUGAAGAGGUUAUUGAUUCACACGACACUAUUGAAGAGCUUAUUCUGUCCCAGUUCCAAGGGCCUAAAACCCAGGAUAUUGAGGAGGAAGACACUGGGCAGGAGAUUGAAAUGCAGCCGCCGAUCACGCUACCCGUGGCACUCUCCGCGAUCCGAGACCUUAUCUCUUUCCACGAGCAGCAGGAAACACCUGAUGUAGCGUAUAUUAGGGGCCUACGGCGAGAUGAGAUCGAGAUGCAGAGGAAAGAAGUCGAAAACAGAAAACAGAGCGAUAUUCGGGGGUAUUUUCAUGUUAAUAGACGAUAA